GCUGCCCCGCCCAGCGGAGCCGCGGGAGCGCGGGGAUCUCCAGCCCCCGCUGCACGCUCUCCCCGCCCCUCCCACGCCUUCCGCUGGCACCUGGGGCUGUAGGUGCGCGCGGAUCGGGAGGAGUUUCCGCGGCCGCAGCAGCGGCGGGAGCCUGGAGCCGAAACGCAGCUGCAGCAGAGGCUCAACCCGAGCAGCCGCGGGAGCCGAAGCAGGGUCCUGCCGGCUCUCCGUCCUUCUGUCCGUCGGUCGGUUGGCCGCGGAAGCUGCGAGGAGGCGUCAUGUAGCCUCAGCAGCAAGCCCACUGCGGAUUUGCAACUAUUUAUUUAUUUAGGCGGGGUGGGGGUGCGGUGAAACUGUCUCUCCGCUCCACCUUCUCGCCUCCUCCCAUUUGCACGCUGCAUCUGCCCCUAAAAAGCCGAGGGAUUCGGGGAGGGCGGGGCCGUGGAUCAGAGAGGGACUUACGGUCGCCGCACGGAGGAGCCAUGGCUGAGGAGAGCGCCGAGGUACCCCGUGAACUGUCAGAAAACAUAAAGGAUGUUGUUGGCAGAAAGAUAAAAAUUGGAGUGAAGAAGAAAAUAAAAUUGGAAGUUAAGGGAGACAAAGUUGAAAACAAGGUGUUGGUGCUCACAUCAUGCCGAGCCUUCCUUCUCACAGCACGAAUCCCCACCAAGCUCGAGUUAACCUUCAGCUACUUGGAGAUUCACGGUGUCACUUGCAGCAAGCCAGCUCAGAUGGUUGUGGAAACUGAGAAGUCCAGCAUGUCCAUGAGGAUGGCCUCGCCCGAGGAUGUGAGCGAGGUGCUGGCUCACAUCGGUUCCUGCCUGCGGAGGAUAUUUCCUGGCCUCUCUCCAGUGAGAAUCAUGAAAAAGGUAUCCAUGGAGCCAUCUGAGCGACUGGCCAGUCUCCAGGCUCUGUGGGACAGCCAGACCGUGUCUGAGCAGGGCCCCUGUGGUGGAUUUUCUCAGAUGUAUGCCUGUGUUUGCGACUGGCUGGGGUUUCCAUAUAGGGAAGAAGUGCAAUGGGAUGUGGAUACAAUUUAUCUGACACAAGACACCCGGGAAUUGAAUUUACAGGACUUCAGUCAUCUUGACCACAGGGAUCUAAUACCUAUCAUUGCUGCUCUGGAAUACAAUCAAUGGUUCACAAAGCUGUCCUCUAAGGAUCUAAAACUGUCCACUGAUGUCUGUGAACAGAUUUUAAGAGUGGUGAGUAGGUCUAAUCGAUUGGAAGAAUUGGUGUUGGAAAAUGCUGGACUUAGAACAGAUUUUGCCCAGAAACUGGCCAGUGCUCUAGCACAUAAUCCAAGCUCAGGACUCCACACGAUUGACCUUGCUGGCAACCCACUGGAGGACCGAGGUAUAUCCUCUUUAAGUAUUCAAUUUGCCAAACUCCCAAAGGGAUUGAAGCAUUUAAAUUUAUCUAAAACCUCAUUGUCACCCAAAGGAGUGAAUAGCCUUUCUCAGUCUCUCAGUGCCAAUCCGUUGACCGCCACCACCCUUAUCCACCUCGACCUCUCAGGGAGUGGCCUUCGUGGGGAUGACCUCUCGUACAUGUACAGUUUUUUGGCCCAGCCAAAUGCCAUUGCUCAUCUGGAUUUAUCCAACACAGAAUGUUCCCUGGACGUGGUCUGUGGCGCUCUUCUCCGUGGAUGCCUUCAACAUCUAGCUGUGCUCAAUCUCUCCAGAACCGUCUUUUCUUACCGGAAAGGAAAAGAAGUACCCCUGACUUUCAAGCAGUUUUUUAGUAGUUCUCUGGCUCUGAUGCAGAUCAACCUUUCAGGCACAAAACUGUCCCCUGAGCCCUUGAAGGCACUGCUACUGGGCCUGGCCAGUAACCAUAACUUGAAGGGGGUUUCUCUCGAUCUCAGCAACUGUGAGCUGAGAUCGGGAGGCGCACAAGUGUUGGAAGGCUGCAUUGCCGAAAUUCACAACAUCACCAGCUUAGAUAUCUCCGACAAUGGUUUAGAGUCUGACCUAUCUACCUUAAUAGUGUGGCUCAGUAAAAACAGAUCAAUACAACACCUGGCAUUAGGCAGAAAUUUUAAUAAUAUGAAAUCCAAAAAUCUGGCACCUGUGUUGGACAACUUAGUACAGAUGAUUCAAGAUGAAGAAUCACCUCUGCAGUCCUUGUCCCUGGCUGACUCGAAACUCAAGACCGAGGUCACCAUCAUCAUUAACGCCCUGGGAAGCAAUACCUCCCUGACCAAAGUGGACAUCAGUGGGAAUGCCAUGGGAGACAUGGGAGCCAAGAUGCUGGCCAAAGCUCUGCAGAUCAACACCAAGCUCAGGACUGUUAUAUGGGACAAGAACAACAUUACUGCACAAGGUUUUCAAGAUAUAGCUGUUGCUAUGGAAAAGAACUACACAUUGAGAUUUAUGCCAAUUCCUAUGUAUGAUGCUUCUCAAGCCCUCAAGACAAACCCUGAAAAAACAGAAGAGGCUCUGCAGAAGAUAGAAAACUAUCUGCUCCGGAAUCAUGAGACUAGAAAGUACCUUCAAGAGCAGGCCUACCGCCUCCAGCAAGGCAUCGUCACCAGUACCACACAGCAGAUGAUUGACAGAAUAUGUGUGAAAGUACAAGAUCAUCUCAACUCCUUGCGAAACUGUGGGGGAGAUGCUGUCCAGGAAGAUUUAAAAUUGGCAGAAAGGCUCAUGCGUGAUGCUAAGAACUCUAAAACAUUGUUACCAAAUUUAUACCAUGUUGGUGGUGCGUCUUGGGCAGGAGCCGGCGGCUCACUAUCCAGUCCAAUUCAGGAGACCCUGGAAUCAAUGGCCGGAGAAGUUACAAGAGUCGUGGAUGAACAGCUAAAGGCGCUGCUGGAGUCCAUGGUUGAUGCUGCUGAAAAUCUUUGUCCCAAUGUGAUGAAAAAAGCCCACAUCCGACAAGACUUGAUUCAUGCCAGCACUGAAAAGAUUUCCAUUCCACGUACCUUUGUUAAAAAUGUCCUGCUGGAGCAAUCUGGAAUUGACAUCCUUAACAAAAUUAGUGAAGUGAAGUUGACAGUGGCCUCCUUCCUGUCUGAUCGAAUCGUGGAUGAAAUUCUGGAUGCACUGUCACACUGCCAUCAUAAACUGACUGACCACUUCAGCAGACGUGGCAAGACCCUUCCUCAACAAGAGUCCUUAGAGAUUGAACUGGCUGAGGAGAAGCCUGUUAAGCGCUCCGUCAUCACGGUGGAGGAGCUCACAGAGAUUGAGCGUUUAGAAGAUCUGGAUACUUGUAUGAUGACUCCUAAAUCCAAAAGGAAGAGUAUCCAUAGCCGGAUGCUGCGGCCGGUUUCCAGGGCCUUCGAAAUGGAGUUUGAUCUGGAUAAAGCACUGGAAGAGGUGCCAAUUCACAUUGAAGACCCGCCUUUCCCCUCUGUCAGACAAGAGAAGCGAAGCUCGGGCUUCAUCUCUGAGCUGCCCUCCGAAGAGGGGAAGAAGCUGGAGCACUUCACCAAGUUAAGACCAAAGCGGAACAAGAAGCAGCAGCCCACCCAAGCGGCAGUCUGUGCUGCCAGCAUAGUCCCCCAAGAUGGUGAACAGAAUGGUCUUAUGGGGAGAGUAGAUGAAGGUGUAGAUGAAUUUUUCACCAAGAAAGUGACCAAAAUGGAUUCUAAGAAAUCGUCAGCAAAAAGCUCAGAGUUCCAUGAGCUUAGUGAAGGAGGUGAUGAGAAGAAAAAGCGAGAUUCUCGGAGAAGUGGCUUUCUCAACUUAAUCAAAUCCCGGUCCAAAUCUGAGCGACCACCAACAGUCUUAAUGACAGAAGAACCCUCCUCACCAAAAGGGGUGGUCAGAAGUCCAGCCAUGGACACACCCAGGAAGGACACGAAGCUAGAUGAGCACAAUGGCAAUUCUGAAUGGAGUGAAGAGAUAAAAACACCUGACUCCCAUGAAGAAAGUCAAGAGGAGGACAUGGGGAAGGCGGAGCGCAGUGACAGCAAGGGCAGCCCACAAGGAGGCCGGAGAUAUGGGGUCCAGGUGAUGGGCAGUGAUCUGCUGGCUGAGAUGAAGGCCAAGCAGGAGCAGAGAGCAGCUUGUGCACAGAAGAAGCUUGGGAAUGAUGCCAUCUCCCAGGAGUCUUCCAGCCUGGCCACGAGCAACACAGAACGGCUGGAGGGAGGUGGGGCAGUGCCUAAACUGCACCCAGGUCUUCCGGAGACCCGCUUCAGUUUGGGGACCCCAGAAAAGAAUGUCAAAACAGACCCCAAGGUGGACAUGGGCUCCCGAUCUCGGAGCUCCUCCAGCACACCCACCAGCCCAAAGCCCCUCCUGCAGUCCCCCAAGCCCAGCCCGGCAGCACGGCCCACCGUCCCGCAGAAACCAAGGACCGCCUCACGGCCUGAGGACGUCCCAGAUUCUCCACCUGGCCACAGUUCCCCUAAAGUUGCUCUUCUUCCGCCCGUCCUGAAAAAAGUUCCUUCGGACAAGGAGAAAGAAGGCCAGGGUAGCCCCCAGCCCAGCCCCAGGACAUUUUCCCAGGAAGUAGUGCAAAGAGGAGAUUAUUACAAAAGACAUUCAGAUCAUGACAGUGACAAGCCUUCCAGUAAAGAGAAAAGAUCUUCAAAACUGUACUCCACCAUUGCAGAAGAAGAGGUGAAUGCAGUUGGGCACAGGAAGUCGCAGCCAACAAAUGUUUCAAGGAGAAGCUGGGGCCAGCAGGCCCAGGAGUAUCAAGAUCAAAAGCAGUGGUCCUCCAGUAAAGACAGCCAUCAAGGCAGCAAAUCUAGUGACUCUGGGGAAGAAGCAGAAAAAGAGUUUAUUUUUGUGUGAAGGUCACCACACAGAAGUCCCGCCGUGCAGGGCACUUUGUUAGCCAUCAGAGAAGAACCCAGGGCAAUACUUCCCACUUUCUAUGCACUCUUCUCUUGGUGCUCUUUUUUUUUUCCUUUUCCUUCUAUCUCUUCUUUUUUUUUU